AUGGCUACCUGUGAUCCUGCUACAUCCACAAACUCUACCACAGAGACAUUAUCAGAAGAACCGAAACAGCCUCUGUUUGGAUUUUACUGGUACACCGUACAUAUGGUUAUAGUGAACAAUCUUGGUGGUGACAACUUACCUCUCACUGUUCAUUGCAAAUCCAAAAACGAUGAUCUGCAGGCUCAUGUGAUAGACUAUAAGAGAAGUUUUAGGUGGCACUUUCGUCCUAAUUUUUGGGGAACAACGUUGUUCUUCUGUCACUUUUCAUGGAGUGGGGGAGAAGGGACCUAUGAUAUCUAUAAGACUAAGAGGGAUUCUCGUAGGUGCACACGUCACUGUGAUUGGUAUGUCACCCAACAAGGUGUAGAAGGCUACACAGAAGAUGAUAUGUUUUUGGGGCCACGUAGGAAAGACAUAGUCUUCAAGUGGAAAAAUCAAUGA